AGAAGUGAAGAGGCAUGGAGGAACAUACUUGGCUGGAAAGAAAAGGGACUGGAAAUGUGUCUGCACGUAAUAGGGACUGUCAAUGGCAGGAUACCAGCUGUGGUCACCAUGGACCCCACUGGACGAGAGCUUCCAAUGGCUGCGGCACACGACACCCACCCCUUCCUCCAAGCACCCCUUUAAAGCCUCCCCUUGCUUUGCACACACCCCUUCUGACCUGGAAGUGCAGCUGUGCUUUCAAGAGGUCACUCUAGUGCUAGACACCCCGUUCCUGGAAGCUGGAGUCAGUCCCAAGUUACCCUGCCACACAUCAGAGCUCCGAAUCAUCAACAGCAAGAAAGGCCUGGUGAGGAAGCCCCAGCCCGUCCGCCUCAGUGGAGUGGAUUCUGUCUUUGGCAGGGUCAUCACGGCUCAGCCACCCAAGUGGACGGGGACCUUCAGGGUCUCAGACAAGUCAGCCUUCUGCAAAAUCAUCAGCAGGGAGCAUCAGUGGCCCACUGGCCUCAAGGAGCCUCAGAUCCAGAUGACAGUGACGAUGUGCAAACAGAUGCUGCGUUCUAUCCUCUUGCUGUAUGCAACCUACAAGAAGUGCACCUUUGCUUUGCAACACUCCAAGUAAAGGGCCCCAUCGGUCUGCAGUUGCUUACACCAUGCCCUCUGGCGUGUACCUGAAGCUUACAAAAACCUGUCCUGGAAGAUGAAAUGGUGAUAUCGCCCCAGAGACUUUGAUCUUCUGCCAAGCAGUGACAACUAAGGAGCCCCUUUUCUCCCCUGCUCUCCAAAAACAAGGCCAGUGAUACAGAGCAAGGGAGGACAUUUCUACUGGAAAGUCAAACCACCAUUUAA